CCGAGGCAGCAGGGACAGUCAGUCAGUUGUUGUAGUUGAAAGUGAGAAGGUCGGAUUAUGCGGCUCCACUUUGACUUUACCUGCAGCAGAGCUCAUUUCAGCCUCAGACACCCAGCAGCAGUCUGCAGAACACCUGGCAGGUCCGUCUGCGCCGCAGCAGCAGCAGCACCGCCACGUUUCCUGGAUCAUCGGGAGGCCAACGAGGAGCGGACGGAGCUCCGGGUGGGUCCAGACGUGAAGCUGUGGAGGUUCUGGAUGUGAUCAGCUCCGGUGUACGAUGUGUGGACCUGGUCUCGCCCUGUGCUUCCUGCUCUGGAUCGGAGGAGUCUCCACCACUCAAGGUGAGGUGAUCGCUCCGGCCAGCCUGACGGCAGAGGCGGGGCGCCCUCUAGUGCUAGCCUGCAACAUCACCACGGCGACAGGCAGCGAGGUCCUCCAGGUGCGCUGGCUGGACCAGAACGCCAAGCUCCUGCUGGCGUACGAGCAGCGCGAGCCGGUGCGCAUCAGCCACCAGGCGAGCGGCGUGCGGCUCACCGCCUCGCACGGCGACACCAGCGCCAUCACCAUCGAGAACGUGCGGGCCGACGGCGGCGGCUGCUACCGCUGCGUCUUCGACGUCUUCCCCCAGGGGACGCAGGAGGGCUCCACCUGCAUCAGCGUCACCGGUAAGGUGCACCUGGAGGGCAACCGGACGGCCGUGAGCGGGAAGCCGCUGACCCUGUCCUGCUCCUACAGCCUCCCCGAGCGCGUCCGCCAGGUGCUGUGGAGGAAGACGGCCGAGCAGGGCGACACCGUCACUGUGGCGUCCUACGCCAAGCACGGCCACUACAGCGUGGAGGAGGAGUUCAGGGGUCGGGUCCACCUGAGCCGGACGCUGGGGGACACCCAGCUGAGCAUCCAGGUGGUGAGGACGGAGGACGAGGCCUGCUACACCUGCGAGUUCCACACGUACCCGGACGGCGCCCGGAGCGCCACCGCCUGCCUCUCCGUCUAUGUUCUGCCCGAACCAGAAGUGAGCCACGUGACCUCGCCCUCAGGGGUCACUGAGGCCAAGUGCACCGCCCAGUCCCGCCCGGCGGCAGACAUCACCUGGGAUGUACGCGGCGACAACAGGACGUUGGGGCCGCCCGUUCUGUCGGUGUCCGAUCAGGGCGAUGGCACCACGAUCAUGACGAGCACGCUGAUGUUCCCGUCGGCGCUGCUCAGCGACGUGGCCGUCAGGUGCAUCGUGCAGCACCAGGGGCUGGACAAGCCGGUGACGCUGUUCCUCAACACCAAUGUGGCUCCAGUGACGGUGAUCCUGCUGUCGGUUUGCGGCGUGGCCGCCGUGCUCCUCCUCUGCCUGUGUGUGUGCCUCUGCAAAUGCUUCAUCUGCACCAACGACUGAUGAGGAGGGAUGCCGCAGGCAAGGAGGAAGGACCUCAACACUGCCACCUGCUGGGAGAUCCUGCAACUACACGUGUAACACUGGAACUGGAGUCUGCCUGAGAGGAUUCGACCGGAGAGACAACGUUGUUUUACACUUAAAAAAAUGGAGCGCUAAAGUUCUAAAUCCAGCUUCAAAAAUUAUUUAAAAAAACUUGUUACAUAUUUCCAGAAUCAACAUGACUUAAAAAAAAAUUAAAUUCUGCUUUAGUAAAAAAAAAAAAAGAAGAAGAAAAUCUCGUAAAAAAAAUUGGAAUUACUUUUUUUAGAACAAAAAAUAACUUCAACAGCAAAUAUUUUUUCAUUUUUCUGAAUUAACAAAAAUUUCCUCCCCAAAUUUUUUUUAAAAGUGUUACGUUUUAUUCAUUAAAUAUUUUUUCUUGAGUUAGUGAUUUAAAGUCAUACAAAACUUUUUUUAUAAGUAAAUGCCAAACAUUUUUUCAGAAUGUUUAUUUAAUUAAAAUAACUUUUUUACUAAAUAGAUUUUUUUCACAAGUGCACAGUUUAUUUUUUCUGCAUUACCAAGUAACUUUUACUUCCUUGUUUGAUUUAAUCUUUUUUUUUUUAACAUGAAACACUUUUGUUUUUUAGAGUUAAACAUUUUAGUAAAAGGUUCAAACAGAUCUUGUUGAAUUAACCCUUUUUUAAUUUCUUCAACUUACUGUGUUUUCACAUAAUUAUGUUGGUAGUUUUGAUAAGAGAUGGUUAUUUAAUCUGCAUUCAUCUUGAUUCCUAAAGCUUUGACUCAUUUUUAUUUUUUAUUAAUUCAGAAACAUGUUUUUUUGAAAAUUUUUCUCAUAGUAAUUGAAACAAACUACAAUAUGAAAGCCUGGCAAACACAUAUCUGUUUUUGUAAAAGUUAUUCUGGAUUUUAUUUCUGCUUUUAAAGCAGGUGUUAAAAGGAUUUGUGUGUCUUUUUUAUCAGAUUUAGUUUUGGGAAGUUGUUUAAAACAUUUUUUUUUUUGCACUAAAACAUGCAAACUGCAGACAAGUUUGCAGCUUGUAGACGCUAAAUGUGACGGUCCCCUCAAGGAAAAUGUCCUUUCAGGUCCUUUUUUAAGGCUGGUUAUAACCCAGAGUCAUUCUAACCUUGAAACAGUGUUAUGUCACUUGACAACCUUCAAUUUGUGGUCGUCAAACCCUCAAAACGGAUGAAGAGAGGGGGGCACUUUUUGAACUUGGCAGGUUACGGGAAAGUCGAGCGCCGAGCAGGGCGGGAGGAAAUGAAGCUUUAUUUCUAGCUGCUGCAAUGCGCUCGGUGGUUAUGGCUCCUGUGUUUCUACAUGAACUGACUAAAACUGCUGCCAUCGCUGGAAAACGUCCAGAACUUUAAAACGAAAUACAACUGGACAUACCAGUGCUUUGUCUUUUAGCACAGCGUUGUGUUUAAUUCUUUGGAGAGAGUCUGUCUGUAAAAUAAUUUAACUUGUGAUUUCCUUGAUUGUGUAAUGUGUAAAUGUUUGCCACAAUGCUUUUUCUAUUAGUUUUUGCUGUAUUGAGUUUUAAAGAAAUAAAGACUUGGGUUGUUUUCUUCAU